GUGGGCUCAAAAUGCAGCGUUCGACAAGAUUUCAGAAGGAGGGCUUGUCACAAAGGUCUGGGCUCACUGGCCCGGGACAACCGGCAGCCCAGUUCUCCUCGACCUCGGCAACAAGGAGAUACGUUCUACAGGAACACCAAGGUUUCCAUGUAGCACCUUGUGGUUGUUUGUAUGACCCCAGAAUACACAACAUUGGAAGUAAUGGAACUCACUGCGAAUUGCCGCCUAGACUUGCUUCACCAUUUUACGGUCAAAACUUCAUUUUAAAUACUGCAACAAUUCCAACGCACCAUGAACUUCAAUACCUUUCCCCACUUUACUGUUCGCCACCUGAUCACAACAGUAGCAUUUACCAACCACCCUCCGUCUACUAUCAACAAACUCCAAUUUUACUUUCAGGACGAAACCAAGUUUCAUACUCUGGUCCGUUAUUUCCCAUCAAUAGUAAAACGCACGCAUCUAAUGUUCCUGCAAGGUUUCAGACUGAAUUGCCAAAUCAUCAGAUUCAAUUGCAACAGCAUCACCCAAGUCAAAACCCAAAUGAUCAGCCUCCGAAAGCUUUGAAGUCCGAAGAUGCAGGGAGCAAGGCAACCCCAUUGCCCAUAGAUACAGCAGUUAAUGAAGGUCUUUCCGAUCAAACGACCUCAAACCUCAGCCCUAGCACUGACGAGGAACAGGAAAAAACAAAAUAUAUAGAUUCUUCAACCUGUGAUAAAACCCAGUUAAAGGAUGAUGAAGAACAAAUGCUUGCUGCACUGGAUGCAGUGAGUGAAGAAGAAUUAAAUGAACUCAUUUCCAAUGAAAGAAAAGGUAAAGGCUCCACAAGUCCAAGUACCAGUCCAGAUGUGUUGCCUGAUGAAGUUUCAUUAGAGGAUGCCAUGAAGAUGUUUGAUUGCAUCCCAUUUCACAGUGCAUCAUUGAACGAUUCACCUGUUGCAAUGUCAGGAAAACUUUCCAAUAGCGCAGAUCUGAUUGAAUUCAGCACAGAUAUUGAGAUCAGCCAGGAAAAUUCCGAAGAAAAUAGCAUAGUUGAAAAUUUCUCAGAUGCCACGGAAAUACCUUGGGAUGAAAUGUCAAGUCUGUCUCUGACAUUUGAAAGAAGUUUGGAAGACAGCAUGGGACUUCUGGCACUACCCAAGGAGUUGAUGUCCCCUGAUUAUGAAGUGCCCGAGCUUGCAGAUAUCAUCACGACCAUGGAUUACUUUUACAGCGUCAGUAUUUAUGAUCUGUUCAAUGAUGAGUUAUCGGACUGGAACCCACACGGGCCAUUAUUCAGCUCUGCAAAAGACAGCAGCUGCAACCCAGGCGUGAACGUUUUACCAAAGCCUGGAGAGUUAUCUCCAGUAACGGACAUCUCCACAAAAAUUCUCGAUUCAGUCAGAAAGGAAAAACGACAUCCCGCAGACAUGGUCUCACACCCUGUUUCCAAGAAAUGCAGGAUUGCAGAUUCUGCAGCUCUGGAAGCAGUUCAGGAGUUCUGUGCAGUCUCAAUGUCUGCAACAAUGAAGAAACGUCUAGGGAUUGAAGACUGAUGAACUUGGGAUCAAACUGACUUUAUAUUUCAAAAUUCACUCCAAUACAAUAUUUAAUUGUAUAUGUGCAAAU